AUGGCGGAAAAGACACCUAUCGACUCACAAUCUGCAACUGAAGGGAAGCAUCCAAACAUCCACUCCCCAAAACAUACCACGGAAACGCAUGGAACAAGCAAUGACAUUGAUGAGAAGACCACCAUUGAUGAAGUAAAAGGGCCAGGGGUGUUUCAGCGGGCGAAGGAGGAGAUCGAGGCACUCGUCGAAACAAUUCAUCCCAACAAGGACAAGGAUGAUCACAAGUAA